UUACAAACAUCCAUUAAGACAGGAAAGGUUUUAACACAAAGUCUCAUUAUUGACACCAAAGAUGGCGAAGUGGACGUUCUUCAAGAGCUGAAGAAAAAUACUUCUUCGGGAGGUGGUGGUAGGCAUGAACUUGAAAUAAAUGAGAUAGAAGAGAAAUUAGCCGAAAAAGCAGAUAAAGAACAUAAACACAAUAUCUCCGAUAUAAAUGAACUUCAAGCUACAUUAAAUAGUAAAGCAGAUAAAAAUGAACUUGACGCAAUGAACAAAGUUUUGAAAUCUCAUAAACACAACAUCUCCGAUAUAAAUGAACUUCAAGCUACAUUAAAUAGUAAAGCGGACAAGAACCAUGUUCAUUAUAUAACUUCAGACGAACAGAUUAUAACGGACUACCAUGGAUAUUUAACACGAAGUGAUGAAGCGAAGACAAAAAAUGUUAAUGAAAGAAGAUAUAAAUACAUUCGUGCUAAAGGUUAUGACAUAAGCUGUACUGUACAGUAUGAUGUAGCUAAAGCACCAGAAGCAUUUGGUUAUACCGGUGAAAUUUAUGCCUCUACUUUCAAUGUUAACGGUGUAUUAGUUGAACCAAGAUUUAUGUUGAGAGUUAAGUCAAAAAUAACUUUUGAAGAUGCUAUUAAAAGUAAAGCUGACAAAACAGAACUCGAAGCAAUGAACAAAGUUUUGAAAUCUCAUAAACACAACAUCUCCGAUAUAAAUGAACUUCAAACUUCUUUAGACAAGAAA